UGGCGUGCGGCUGCGGUUACGUAUUUGUUUAGAUUUCUCAGAGAAACUGAUAGUUAUUUAUUAAAAAUGUCCAAUAGUCAUUUAUUUCUUAAAUCCGGCUUCCCGCGUGCACCUCUUCAGAACGGUCUCGGUCGCUACGUGUGCCAGCUGCAGCGUCUAACGCUUAAAUUCUGCAAAAACAAUGGCUCCAGCAAGGGCAUGCGAGAUUUUAUUGAAAACCAUUUGGUGGACUUUGCAAAAGAGAAUCCGGGUAUUGUGGUGUAUGUAAAGCCGCGUAGACAUCGAACUCCUGUGCUAGUGGGAGAAUAUUUAAAUGGAGAGCGCGAAUGGAUGAGCUGCCGCAACAAUACACAGGAGGAGAUAACCAAAUGGAUUGAUCUCUUAAAGACACAAAAUGGCAACUCAAGCUCGUUGCGUCUGCGUAAAAUGUGGCAUACGGAUGUGCCUUCCAUACAAGGACCCUGGACACCUUUUCUACUUCGCUCGCCCGAUGCACAAAAUCAGAGCUAUCCCAGCGAACAAGCCUCCAAGCCGCUGGAUGUGCCGCAGUCAGCCACUGAAAAGUUAUUAGAGCUCUUCAAGCAGCAGCAAUUGGAAGGUGGUCAAGAACUGCUGACGAAGAAGCGUGCAGAAUAAGUUUAAGCCCUAAUUUAAAAA